GUUCGUUCGAUGAAAACGUCACUUCCGCAACGAUAGUGACACAUCUAAAACAAACCGAAACAAAACUGUUUUUAUUUGUAGUUUUUGGUGCUUUUAGUCUUGAUUUAAUAUGAGAACAAACUAUGAAUUUUUGCGCGAGUCUUUUUUUUUUUUACCAGUAGGUUGCGCCACCUAGGCCUCUGCCAAACUUACAAAGCCAAGCUAUGCGUGCCUAGCGUAAGAAAUAUCGGCGGUAUGAUCGGCUUGUAAUCAACUUUCAAGGCAAUUUGUGCGCGGGUGCUUCUUCUCGUGUUUACGUUUUUAGUCAUCAAACUUGUCGUGACAUGUGUCUUCAGACUUGGUGGUGAUGUCGAAGAAGCUUCCCGUCAACAACCUAAAAGAGUGCGAACAACGCUACGAGCAGCUGUACGGUAAGAAGAGCGACACGCGAGAGACCUCACGACGCGGGACAGACAACGCGGCAGUGUUCAAGUUCGUCGACGCCCGUCGGCUGAGCCAGUUAGUCGCCGAGUUCGUGACGCCUUACGUGAACGGAUCGUACGUAGCCAACAAAUCCCGAAAGGACGCCGCCAAGCCGGUUUCGGCCGCGGUAACCGAACGCAAUGACGGGAGCCACGACUCUGGCGACGACGAUCAUACCUUCGUGCGCCCGAAGACUUUCGGGAGUUCGGUUCGCCUUGCAGCCAAGUCCCCCGUCAAACUCGCAUUGGCCGUUCAGCCGCCGCCGAGAUUCAACGGCCACCACAAGUCUCCGAGCAAGCAGCGGAAGGCAUCCUGGUCGGAGAAGGCCUACGUGCCGGAGACCGAAUUCCCGAGCAGUCCGGACUUUGUGUUUUCCGACGACGAUGCCGCUGAGAACAAGGACCCAGACUACAUCAGCAUCCCGUCGCUGUCUCCGCCGCCGGCGGAUCUCAUCGUUGACAGCGACGACGAGCCCGCUGUUUUCGAAGGCGUUGUCCCCACCUCGAAGGGCACUGUGCGCUUGUCGCCGCUCAAGAAUAGGCGCGCCGGAGAAGCCACAUCUAGCGCCGAACCGAGGGACACCCUAAGCAUCUCCGAGAUUUGCGAAAUCGAAUCGAGUCCUCUACUGUCCAAGCCGCGGUUUCAGUCUGGUGACGAGGCCAAGUGGGCCGCCAUCAGGCUACGAGAGUAUGACUACAGACUGUCUUCCCAUAUCUGCACCCGUUUGUACGAAUCGCGGCAGGUUUCGGCCAGUAUCAUCUCUCUACUGGAGCUGAGGUUUAAGGUGUUCCAACAGCUCUGCAAGGCCACACUGUGUACCACAAACUCUGUUCCGACACCUCUAAACAAGACGAAAAGCUCGUGUAACUUCGAUGGCAGUCGCGGCCAAUCGGCUGCCAUAGUGGCGGACGACAGUCCCAAGUGGUCGCCCUCGGCUGCAGAUGACAGUCGCAGUCGUUCGUCUGCCACAUCGGUUCCAGACGACAGGCGGAAGCAGAGUCCCGCUUCGGUGGACAACAGCCCACUAGAUGUGCCGCUUUCUCACAGGCUCAAGAAGCUGGCGGAAAAGGUCCGUCAAAACGGACCGUCCACUUCGUUUCACAGUCCCGAACCGACCCCUGAACAGCCAAGCACGUCCAAAAACUCUCCAUAUUUUGUACCGAAUCCCCCCACCAUCCCGGCAGGUCCUCCAAUGAACGACACGGAGUUCAUCCAAGACGUUGUGACACAGGAUGACUUUGCAGACCCGGCAGACAACGUCGCGACAGAGCCGCGGGCUAACUUUUCAGACGACCUCGGGUCUGCGGGCAGGUUUCUUGGCAAAUACCGUAACGACGGGGAAUCGGCGGCAUUUAAGGGUUUUGGCUUCCCACACUCUGCUGAGAUGAGGGCCAAGUUCGGCUCUGUGUUCGGGCUGAAGCAGUUUCGGUUGAAUCAGUUGGAAGCCAUCAAUGCAGCUUUGCUCGGAGAGGAUUGCUUCAUCCUGAUGCCGACAGGUGGCGGAAAGAGCCUCUGCUAUCAACUACCGGCAGUAGUGAGCGAGGGCGUCACUGUGGUGAUCUCGCCUCUCAAGUCACUUAUUUACGAUCAGGUCCAGAAGUUGGGCUCCCUGGACGUCCCCGCCAACCACCUGUCCGGCGACUCUGACGACUUCUCGGUGUACUCGGACCUCCGCUCGACGCAGCCCCGCCUCCGCCUCCUCUACGUGACCCCGGAGAAGGUGAGCGCAAGCGGGCGCCUGCUGGACGCACUGUCCCGGCUCCACGCCAACGGCCGCCUGUCCCGCUUCGUCAUCGACGAGGCCCACUGCGUCAGCCAGUGGGGCCACGACUUUCGGCCCGACUACAAGAAGCUCAGCGUACUCCGCGAGAAGUUCUCCGGCGUGCCCAUGAUGGCGCUGACGGCGACGGCGACUCCACGCGUCCGCACGGACAUCCUGCACCAGCUGGGCAUGCGGGACCCCAAGUGGUUCCUGCAGAGCUUCAACCGGCCGAACCUGCGCUACGAGAUCCGGCUCAAGUCGGGCAAGGUGGGCACGGCCAGGGAGGUGCUGGAAGUGGUGGAGGGCAAGUUUGCGCGCCAGAGCGGCAUCAUCUACUGCUUCUCACGCAAAGAGUGCGACGACCUCGCCGAGGAACUGAGCAAGAACGGGGUGCCGGCGGUGGCGUACCACGCGGGCCUGGACGACCCCAAGCGCAACGCGGUCCAGCAGCGCUGGAUCGACGACAAGGUGCGCGUGGUGUGCGCCACCAUUGCUUUUGGCAUGGGGGUGGACAAGCCGGAUGUGCGCUUCGUGGUGCACUACACCCUACCCAAGUCAAUGGAGGGCUUCUACCAGGAGAGUGGCCGGGCAGGCAGGGACGGCCGCCCGGCGUCCUGCCUGCUCUUCUACAGCUUUGCCGACGUGCAGCGCAUCCGCCGGAUGGUUGAGAUGGACAAGGCGAGCAACUAUGCUGCCAAGCAGACACACCUGUCGAACCUCUGGCACAUGGUCAACUUCUGCGAGAACCGGACGGACUGCCGGAGGGCACAGGUGCUGCACUACUUCGGGGAGAACUUUGACCGGACGUUCUGCGAGCGCAACCGGCGCUUUGCCUGCGACAACUGCCUGUCGCGCGGCUGCUGGGUGAUGAAGGACGUCACGGAGGACGCUCGGGAGGUGGUGCGCUGCGUGGAGGAGCUCUGCCAGCAGCGCCGCAAGGUCACCGUCAACAUGGUGGUGGACAUCUUCAAGGGCUGCACCAACAAGAAGAUGACCAAGGAGAACUUCACCAACCUGCGGCUCCACGGCAGAGGGAAGGGCUACCAGCGGACAGACGCGGAUCGCCUGCUGCGCCGCCUCAUCUUGGAGGGCUACCUCAAGGAGGAGUCGGUCAUCAACUACCUCGAGAUGGCCGUCUCCUACGUCCACCCGGGGUCCAAAGCCGCACAGCUUGUGUCUGGCUCGGCGAAGGUCAGCCUGGCCAUCCAGAAGAAGUCACGGCCGUCCGAGUCUCGAACUGCGGCCGCGGAAGACGCGGAGCCGCAAGAGGAUCCUCAGAUUGCGAAGCUGGUGGAGGCAUGCCACUCGGAGCUGGUGUCGAUCGCCAAGGCGUUGGCAGCGGAGAAGAAGACGUUCUACGGGAACGUGAUCCACAUGGAGGCGCUGCGGGGCCUUGCGGAGACGCUGCCGACGACGACGGAGGCGAUGCUCCAGGUGCCCCACAUGACGCGGGCGCUCGUCGACAAGUAUGGUGAGCAGCUGCUCGAAGUGACAGAGCGCUACGCCGCCGAGAAGAUCGUCCUUGAAGCGGAACGACAGGCGGAACGACAGGCGAAACUCAACGACGCGGCGGAGGAAGAGUUCCAGAAUCCGGAACCCCCAUCGGAGUUCACGUCAUCGAACAGGGGGUUGAAGCGGAAGUUUGGCGGGGCUGGAGGAGGUCACCAAAAGCGGCAGCGCAAGUACCCCUUCAAGAAGAAGACCUGGAACAAUUCGUUCAAGGGAAGGGGCAAGUUUUCGGGGAGCCCGAGCAAGACGAGAAAGAAGGCGGCCGGAAAGGCGUCCGCAAAGUCGGCUAAGUGGACGGGCGGAGCCUCAACUUCGGCCGGUUUCGGAGCGCUUCCGAUGCCGAAGCCCCAGCAGAGCCGUUCUUUUCUGGGGAAGCCCAAGGUCGUAGAGCUGUGAGCCAAGAACUCGAAAAGCUGGAACCAGGACUCUGAUGCGCAACUCCGGGGUGGAACUCAAGGUUGGAACGUUCGGAUGCGACUCCGGAACAGAACUCUCCGGUGAGACCCCGAGAUGGAAUUCUGAGGUAGAACUUUGAAAUAGAACUCCAAGGUGGAACCUCGGAAUAGAACUCUGUGGCUGGAUUCCAAGAUGAAACUCCAAGAUAAAAUUCCCAGGUUUGAACUUCAGGAUGCAACUCCAUGUUGGAGCUUCAGUGUGGAACUCCAAGAUAGAAUUUUCGUGUGGAACUUUGGAAUAAAACUCCAGGGUGGGGGUCCCCAAGUUAGAACUCGAGGUGAAAGUACGGGACCAAACUUCAAGAUUGAGUUUCAAGAUUGACUUUCAAGACGGUUGAAGUUCAGGAUGCAACUCCAUGUUGGAACUUUAGCGUGGAACUCCCCAAGAUAAAAUUCGGAGGUGGAACCUCAGAAUAGAACCCCGGGACGGACCCCCAAGUUUGAAUUCUAAGGUGGAAGUCCGAGACCAAACUCCAAGGUAAUAUCCAAAGGUCAAACUGCGGGAUAGUAGAACUUCGGGGCGGAAUUCCAAAGUGGAACUCUGGUGGAACUGUGGAUAGUAGCGGUAACUCUUCAAAGCAGCGAUGGUCUUGAUCUUGUCAAGGGGAGGGAUGUGUCGUAUUACAAACUUGCAUUAUUUUUAAGAGGCACUUUAUGGUGCCGUAAACUCUUGCGUCGAUUCCAGCCGAAAAAUCAAGAGCGUGCCGCUUUUGCCGAGAAGCGGGCAUGACACGUGCUCCUCUGCAUUUAGGAACGAACACAUAAACACUGCCUUUAUUUUGCAUAUAACGAUAUCAAGCGCAUCUGUCUUUUGCAGAAGUUGCGUUUCGUCACGUCAAAAACGCAAGUGCUUGCCAAAGUGCGCCGAAACGAUUGGCACACUUUCAAGUAAGGGGCAAGAGGUGUUUUUUUCUCUUUUUUUUUGCCUCUUCCACAAUGAUGAGAACUCAUAAUAAAAUCAUUGCCCUUUUAGACGCAAGGUGUCGUGCGAGAGUAAAUAAUAUAUGAAAAGUCUCACUCUUUUAUGUUCCUUAAUAAAUCUGCUCUUAUAAAAAAAAAAUUGUCAGAAGAAACACAUUAUUUGUCGAGUGCAAAACGAAACUCGAUCCUAAUAGUCCAAUCUCACCAGGACAGAAAAUAUGCCCCUUAGCACUGGCAAUACAAAAUCUGUCUUUUGGCAAUCUGACCAGUCACUGGAAGGCGAUGGGAAAAUGAAACAUGGCAAUAAAUAUUGCAAAGAAAAUUAAGGGGGA